AUGGAGACAGUAUGCGAGCCAUGCUGGACAUGUCGCAACCGCCGCAUCCAAUGCGACCAGUCCGGAACACCAUGCGCCAAGUGCGAGAAGGCUGGCAUGGAAUGCUUCGACAAAAGACCUCUGAGGUGGGUUAAAGGCGUGGCGAUUCGCGGAAAGAUGCAAGGCCGUACGCACGAGGGUAUAUCGAAUGGCUCUCCUAUGCACACUUCUAGAAUUACCAAAUCGGCGCCAUCGACACCGAAGAAAUCGCAUCGCGCGCUGGUCCAAGCUUCUGCCAGUACAAGCCUGCCGGUUACUUUGCAAGACCCGUCUAUGUCAAAUCUGGAUCAAACUUCGAAGUAUUAUAUAGACUACUAUAACGAACGGAUAUGCAAAUUGUUCAUUGUAUACGACAGCGCCAGGAAUCCAUUCCGGAGUUUGAUCUCCUUCGGGUUGAAAGAUCCCGUCUUGCAGAAGGGCAUACUUGCUCUCGCGGCGCGGCACCGUGCCAAUACGGGCCAAUCGUUCCAUCAACUUCAAGCUCCGACACCUCCUAGCCUUAUUAAUGCCAAUCGCGAUGCGCUACUUUUCAAGCAUCAAGCCAUGGAAGCUCUCUCCCAGGUACUUGGCGAUAGAACAAUAGAAAAAAGUGACACAACCGUCGCUAGCAUAUUUCUCCUUAUUUUCCUGGAUCUCCUCGAGUUUGGAAGUGAUGGUUGGAAUUUCCAUCUUGAGGGAGCCAAGGGUUUGAUUGCAUCACACCGGCCGAUGCUGGAAACGCAAGCUGGAGUGAAUAAUGGACCUGGCCAGACAGUACAGGAAAUCUGGGGGUUUAUCUCCAAUCAGAUUCAUUUAAUUGAAACGCUGGGAGCAACAUUUUUACGACCCAAAGUACUGUCAGAAUUCAUAUUUAACGGCCAAGCAGAGAGGCACCCCCAAGAAGAAAUAGAGCAAUCUUUCCUUGGAUGUCCAGAGUUCCUGUUGUCGGCGAUACAAUUUCUCUCCAACGAAAGGGACACCAUCGCAGGAGAGCUGCCAGAUGGUGCCGCUCUCCAAACACAUAUACAAGAUACCACCGCGAUGCUGGAACUCAUCCAAAACUUUGACUGUUACGCCUGGGCUUUGAGUCUCCAACAUUCGAGACAGCCUUCUACAGACGAAAUCAAUAAUCUCUGCAAAUUAUCACAGACAUUCAAAACCGGGGCUUUGAUAUAUGGGAGACGCGUUCUUGAUGCACUCACAGAAACCAUCACAGAGCAGGACGAUUUGGUCUCUGAACUGUUGGGUCUGAUUGCUAAUCUGAAAGACGACGAGGCGCUUUUCAAAUGUGUUCUGUGGGCUAUCUUUGUGGCGGGCUUGGAGUGUCGGUCUCAGGCCCAAAAAGACUUUUUGGUUGAAUCUUUAGAGAAGUUUUGGACUGAGACAAGCUGUUCGAAUGUUAUCACCGCAGCGAAAAUCUUGAAAGAUUACUGGGACCAGGAAGACGGCUUGGAGACACCCUCGCGGUGGAUAUUUGAUAUUGGUCGCUUGGGUCGUGACUGUCUUCUGAUAUAA